AUGGCUCCCACUGCUGUCCUCAUCACUGGUGCCAACCGUGGCAUCGGCAAAGGUAUUCUCGAAAUAUAUCUCGAGAAACCAAAUCACACCGCAGAAGGAACCACUUUGCAUGUCAUUGAGAUUGAUUCGACUUCUCCAACAGACUCGGCCGAUGCUGUAAAGGGGUUACAGACUGUCGAGGGCAUCGGGCAUAUCGAUAUCCUUAUUGCCAAUGAUAGAGGCCAAGGAUCCAAAAUGGGUGACUAUUGGAUCAAGCGCUGCUUUCUUAACAGUAGGCUCCAAACAUGCCAUAUCAACUGGGUGCAGACGAAAAUGGGUAACCGAGGCGCUCAUGCGGUCGGCGUUGAAAAAGCCGUAGUAAAAGUCCAAGAUAGCACUACAGGUAUAGUCAAAAUCAUCGAUACAUCUACUCGGGAGACGUACAGUGGAAAGUUGUUCAAGCCUACUGGAAAUGAGGAGCCGCGGUAG